AUGAAGAUCCUCCUGCUGUUGGCAGUGAUCAUGGCCUUUGGUCUGCUGCCAGCCCAUGCGACUUUGUGGGAUUUUGUACACAUGAUUAAUAAAGUAACUGGAAAGCGUGCAGUAAUCGAUUAUGGCUUCUAUGGUUGCUAUUGUGGCUAUAAAGGCAAAGGAUCCCCCAAGGAUGCAACAGACUGGUGCUGCUUUGAACAAGAAUGUUGCUAUAACCAGCUGAAGAAAAAUGGGUGUGAAACCAUACGUCUGAGAUACAAAGCUGAUUACAAAGAGAAACAAGUCACCUGUGUCGAUCAGGACUCGUGUAAAAAACAACUGUGUGAGUGUGAUAAAAAGGCUGCCCUCUGCUUUAAGAACAACAUUCGCAGCUAUAAUAAAAGGUACCAACUCUACAAUAGGAAGAACUGCAGUGGCAAGGCCCCCCAGUGUUGA